UGCCCAAUCCACCACAUUUGUUCUUCACGGACAAACCUCCAAACACAAAACUUCAAUAUGUGCUCCGUCUAUUUUAUCAAGUAUGACUGUGGCUGUGUGGUCCAGGAGGGCGACGUGGUCUACUGUGCUCGCCGGGGAACCACCUGCUGCAGCGUGAGACGUCAGGUUCGGCGGCGAGAGGGAUACAACUGCCCUAGUCAUGGAGGCUAGAUCGCUUCCUGCCAUACUACGAGGAGCAGCCCAACUCGGUCUUUCCGGGCUGUUUGACAAGGCCCUGUCUUUCUUCCUUUCUGUCUUCCUCCCCUCCUUCCUUUUCUUCUCUUUUUUCUUCCUUCUUUUGCCCGGGUCAGCCCCUGCACAUGGUGAGAAGGGCAGGUCCCUGGGUUUCAUCUCCCUCGCCGGUGAGAUGGUUGGUUUGAAGCGAGAGGUAUCAGGUCUUUUACUCUUCUUAUUUCUCUCGGGAGAGUCUGCCUACUGGGGGGUUUUCUGUGUGGUGUUUCUAAUAAUCGAUCAAUCUGCUUCUAUUGCGCUUCCCACCGAGUUGUCACUUUCCAACUUGGUUGCCUAUAACAAUUUCAUACUAGCAGAAAGACUUUAUUCUUCUAUUUUGACUUGCGUAAGAUGCAAUAGUUUUCUUGUAUUAUUCCUCUCAAUACCAUAUUUGCUCGAGAAAGAUUACCAUGAAUCCCAUCUAUUCCUUGAAUGAUUCUUUGAUUCCUACGACGAUGAUCAAAUGUCCCAGCUUCCGAUACUCAGUAGCUGCUGCUCGAUCCGCAUUUUUUGACUAUAUUCCCCAAAUCCAAGGUGCAUUUGUACAGCGAGCAUGUCUUCGAAGGAGAAUAAUUGAA